CUGCGCUGCAGGAGGAGAGGGAGAGCAUUAUUUACCGAAUAAUUCAACCCACAGAAUUCUACACUUAGAUCUAGUAUAGAACUCUGUGAUUCAACCUCAAAUCGAUCUUUGACGAGACAUAUGUAGUAGGCCUAGUAUAUUGCUUUUGGAAUAAGAAGCACACUACACCUAUAACCUGUGAGGCUUAUCAUCAGUAUUGAUUGAAGAAGCUGACACAGCGAUUGACCAUGGACAUGGGAGGUUUUACUGUUGUUGGGAGCAGACCUCCAUCUGCCCUUUCUAGUUCCAGGUCGUCUUCUGCUCUUGGGAAACACUAUGGAUACCAUACAAUGGCCAGGAAGUCGGCUGUUGAUGAAUCAUUGUUCGGAUCAUAUCAUCAUACAAAGCUGAGUGAGGAGAUCAAUUUCAAAGCUCCCUGGGAAGAGCCCAAGCCACCACCACCAAAAAACACAUUUGGAGUCACAAAGACGGUGAAAGUCCCACAGAAAAAGAAAAUGGGUCCACCUCUUCUGUGGUGUCCAACGCCCGGAACACAAACCUACACCAGGGAGAGUAAGAAAGGAAACUCGUCUCUCGACUGUUCCGGCUACAUGUGGAGCACUAGAGACCAGUACCGCCAUCUGAAGCACACACCGACCUACGUCGAUGAAUCUUUAUUUGGGAACGGUUUGGAAGAGCCGUCGUUUGAAGCGCCGUGGAAUGAAAGGAAGAAGGGGGAGAAGAAAAAACAGCGGCCGUACUUGUGGGAUCCAUCAGGAGAAGCAGAGAUCAACGGCCACAAUGGGAUUGAGAUUUCACUUUCUGGUAAAAAUGUCAGAAGUAGAAGCACUAAGCGGCCUGCCACAUCUCUUGGAAUAUCGCGUAACAAAGACCGUGGUGGACCAUUACCUGUCUGGAAGCCGUAAAGGUUUUCACUGAUCUACUGGGUUAUACAUUUUUAAAAUUAUAAUAUUGACUCAAUAACGGUCAUUUAGUGCUGGGGAAACAAGUGAGGUAGACAUAUGUAUUGACCAAAUGAGGGAUACUCAAAGAAGUUAAUCCUAUCAGUGCACUCUCCUCCAAUCUCCAGCCAGAUUUUCUGGAAUUUAACGUAGGUUGUUAUGAGAUGUUGUCAUUCUGAAGAUAUGUUGACUCAUUUUUUGCUACAACUUAAGUACUCUGUAGGCCCACUAUUCUGAGUGAAAUUCAGAUGUUGCAUUGGUUACAUACAUUUGCAACUACAACCACAAUAUAUAAUGCCAGAUUGACCCAAAAUUUGUCCAUGAAAGUAUUCAUUAUCAUGGAAUAUGGACAAAUUGAAGCUUUCAAAAGGUCAGUUGAAUUCAUCAACACUCCCUACCAGUUAUUUUCUAUGUCAGAAGUUGAAGCUUUCUUGUAUAAAUUAAUGAAUACUUUUAUGCUGUUGCUAUUACUGGUAAUGCUGUUGCUGUCAGUGGUAAUUUUUAAUUGCUAUAGUAUUAGUUUAGUAUAGUAGAUGUGGUGGCGGUAGUCUAGUGGUUAGUGUUGGGCUGCAGUACUUGCAGUGGAAAAGUGUGGGUUGAAAUGCAUUACAUGUAUAAUCAAGACUUAUAGUUGUGUCCAUAGGAAAGACUUCAUAUACAUUUUUCUCAUGUCACCCAAGUGAAAAUGGGUACCCUGCUAAGGCAGUGAAAGACUUUGCCUAUUUGUUAAGUUAGUUUUUUGGAUCUGUUUGAGUGCUUGUGUAAUUGUAAUGGCAGUGUAUGUUGAAUGCCUCCCAGGAAGCUGAAAAUGUUUCAAAACAAGUCCUGUUAGGGUAAAAGCUACCUUUCUAAGGUAUACAACUAUUAUAACCUACCUUUGAUUUUGAGCAGUGAUGUGCACUAUGUAAAUGUAGUCUAUUAAUGUUAUUUAUAGAUGUUGCUUAUAUAAUGUAGUUUCUCUUUGAAACUGUGAAUUUCUGAUCUCGACUACAUGAGCCAGUUUUCCUCCUUUUUUAUUGCCAUGCAGUGUCGGUCCAACUUUACUUCAGCAAACGGGCCAAGUUGCCCAGAUGGAAGGCUUCUAAUUCAGUGAAUCUUGGAUUCAAUGAACUCAGGUUUAAUAAAAGAACAAGCAUUCCCCAUUUAUUUGUUCACAAAAACCAAGGAAAUACCUCUUAUAUUAUAUUACAAACAUGUGAAUGAGCAAACUUGGAUUUAACAAAGUUGCUUACGGUGCUAUCAACCCCUUUAAUUGAUGAGGCUUCACAAACCUUUCUUCUGUAUUGAAACUUAAACCCUAUCUUCUUUGCCUAUUCUCUGCAUCGUGCAAGUAAGAUUCUGUAUGUGUCAAUUUCUUCUCUAUUGCUCCAACUGAUUUCAUUCAAUUUACUACAAGGUCAUUGUUGAUAAAACAGUGAGAAUCAAUUUUAUGAACUCUUUUUAAUGUAAACAUUAAAACAUCUUCAAGAUCGCAUAGGAGCUUUUUGGGGGGCGAGAGUAAGUAACGGAGCAUCAAUGGACAUGUCUGGAAUGCAGGGAUGUUGCUUCCUUAAACUAUGAACAAUAAUGUGUUAUCGUAAAAUGUAAUCACCCAAAAAAAGUAAGUCGUAACUCUGAGAUAGAGAAUUUAAGCACUGGGCCUUUUUAGUCGUACAUAUAUUAACAUACCUUUAAUUUAAAGAUUUACACAUUUAGAUUGUGUUUCUAAAUCAACAAUAUUAUUUUCAAAAUCUAUUUUUAUCUGUACAUUCCAAGUCAGGCUAGAACAAUAAGUUGUCUUGAUUAUAAAAAAUGUCUAACUGGAGUUUGGCUGUGAGAUACAUACAUAUCAUGUAUCAUGUAAGAAACGUUUAUUGGUUGCUUGCAUGUAUUAUGUUUGUUAUUUUAAAAAAAUCAUUUGAGAUGCAUUACUGAUCAUAACAUGCUCUCCCACUUGCUCAAUUCUGUUGUGUGUGAGAAAUGUUUCUUUGAUGAAUCUGAGGAGUCUAUGGCUGUGUCAGGAUUCUCUACAACUACGAGUGACUAAAUAUUGUACUAUUAUCCGUCAAAGUCGGUGCACCUUAAAUGUUCUUUAUUAAUUUUAAAAUUUACUUUGAACUUAAGAGCUUUCUUAAUUUGUCGUAUGCAGAGCUAUUUACUAUUAUGACUAUUAUGAUUGCUUCAACUUGAAGAAUUAUACUGGGUUUUUUUCUCUUCUAAAUUUGAACGUUUGUUGCAUCUCCGAUUCUGAUUUGUUUGUUUUUUUCUUUGGCACUGCCUGGCCUAGUUUGUUUCUUUACCCAUGUUUUCAGUUGUUUCCUACCCCAUGUUUUCAGUUGUUUCCUAACCCAUGUUUUCAGUUGUUUCCUAACCCAUGUUUUCAGUUGUUUCCUACCCCAUGUUUUCAGUUGUUUCCUAACCCAUGUUUUCAGUUGUUUCCUAACCCAUGUUUUCAGUUGUUUCCUAACCCAUGUUUUCAGUUGUUUCCUAACCCAUGUUUUCAGUUGUUUCCUACCCCAAUUACAACGCUUAAAAUACUUGCCUCUAUGUGGGAGUGGGAGGCCCCGUUGGGCAAUCUGCGAGCAAAGUAUGAAAUCCCUUGCCAGGCUUAGUUUUUUAAAGACUUCUAUAACGGACACCGCACUGGCUUACUGUUGAGAAAAGAAUUAUGUACAAAUUGGCCACUAUAUGUCACAAAUGCUAAAAUUGAUAAUGUGCCAUCAAGUUUAUCAAAUCAGUUGAAACUGUACACCCCAAACUCACAGUUUAUGCUCAUCAGCUGACAAAUUUUUUUUUUUUUAUACCAUCUAUUAAACUUAAUGGGUGAUAAAGCAUUUGUAUAGAGGGUCUCAAGACCUGGAAUGGUUUGCCCAGUAGUUUUAGUUUAAGAGAUGUGAUUUUUUAAAAAUUCAUUGAAUUGAAGUGUUAGCUUUUUAAGUUAUUUCUAUUAUAUUAAAAUUAAUGAAAAAAAA